AAUCAGGAGACACCCACCUCUACUUUUUUUUUUUGUUUUUUUUUUUUUUUGGUUUUGGUUUUUUGUUUGUUCUCAAGAUUUUAUUUUUUUAGCCUUCUUCUUCCUCUCCACUUGGGUAAAGCUUCCUGGGUUUUUGCCGAUUUGAUUUGGUUCGUCUUCUUUCUUCGUCUGGAAUCUUCAUCCUUUGAUUUCUCAUCAAAGGUUUCUGGGUUCUACUUAUUUGUGAGCUUCAUUUUCUUCUCCAAGAUGGUUAGAGGGAAAACUCAGAUGAGGCGCAUAGAGAACGCCACAAGCAGACAGGUGACCUUCUCCAAGCGGCGAAAUGGGCUGCUAAAAAAAGCCUUUGAGCUAUCAGUUCUUUGUGAUGCCGAGGUUGCACUCAUAAUCUUCUCUCCGAGGGGCAAGCUCUAUGAAUUUGCGAGUUCCAGCAUGCAGGAGACCAUAGAUCGGUACCGAAGGCAUACAAAAGACACUCAGAGCAACAACAAAUCGGUUGAGCAAAACAUGCAGCAUUUGAAGCAUGAAGCAGCAAACAUGAUGAAGAAGAUUGAGCUUCUUGAAGUUUCAAAACGGAGACUCUUGGGAGAAGGUUUGGGAUCAUGCUCCAUCGAAGAACUACAAGAGAUAGAACAACAGUUAGAGGGGAGCGUCAGCAAAAUUAGAGCAAGAAAGACUCAGGUUUUCAAGGAACAAAUUGAGCAGUUAAAAGAAAAGGAGAAAGCCCUAGAAGCUGAAAACACAAGGCUUUGUGAGAAGUUUGGUGUCCAGCCGCAGCAAGGAUUGAAUGAGCAGAGAGAAAUUUUACCUUACGAAGAAAGUAGUCCAAGUUCAGAAGUGGAGACUGAAUUGUUCAUUGGACUGCCAGAAACAAGAGCAAAGCGCUUUCCCUCAAGAAAUUGAUGGUGUUCUUAAUUUAUGCAAGGUCUUCCAAGAAAAUAAUAUAUUAUUAUCAUAGUCAGACAGACUAUUUCCAAUAAUCUGUAUUAAAUUGUUGAACAACUGAAAUAUUAUUGCAGUCCCUCAAGGCACAAGCAAUUAUAUACUGGUUACUGUAAGAGUUUGAUAUUUCGUGUGCUGGAAGUAACAGCUCUUAUUGUGAUCAACUUUUUACUAUCAGGAUAUUGUAUUAUGGUGUAUAUUUCAUUUUAUUACAAUUGUCCAA